UCUCCGCCCCCUUGGGUUCCCCCUUACUCGCCCGCUCGCGCACCCGGCGGAAGUGUGCAGCGCAGAGAGAGAGAGAGUGAGAGUGAGAGAGGAGAGUGCGUGUGUGUGGACGCGGACUGUUGGAACUGGGAAAAAAAAAAGUGAGACACGAUGCGGAUGCCCGCCGCCGCCAACGCGAACGCCGUCGCCGUCACCGUCCCAACCGACAAUCGGCCGGCUGUCGUCACUACGGCUCCUACUGUUGCCGCCGCCGCCGCCGCCGCCGCCGCUGUUGCCACCGGGACUGCUUCUGCUUCUGCUUCUGCUUCUGCUUCUGCUUCUGCUUCUGCUCCUGCUCCUGCUUCCGCUUCCGCUUCCGCUGCUGUCUCCGAGACUCAUCGGCCUGCUUCCGACGCCGCCGCCUCCGCCGUCUCCUCUGCUGUUGGAGCUGCUACUCUUCCUCCUCUCUCUCAUCCUCACCCUCCUCUCGCGUCGCUUCCCUCCAUGCCGUUGACGUUGUCUCGCCCGUCGCGAUAUGACGCCGCCCCUGUUGCCGGCCGCCUCGAACCCUAUCCCUUCGGCCCCCUUCAUUCUCUGCCACCGCCAUCAACCUACUACCGCCGCUUGGCUGCGGCUCCGGGCCCGGCUCCAGCUGCUUACCCAUCCUCCAUCGCCCGCCAUGGCGCGUUCGGCCUCCCUCCGUCGCCCUCACCAACUCCAUCACAUGCCAACAGCUUCGACAGCCUCAGCAACCAUGAGAGGAACCACAGCAGCUCAAGCUUCACCAGUACCGGUAACAGCAGCAACCACGUCACGUCGGCACCUCGAUCCGACACCUCCAAGCCCAACAAAUGUUCCGUCAUGGCCCUGCAGAACGUCUUGUGCGACCCAGACGACGACGUGGACAUGGCCUCGUCGCGUUCCAGUCACCCGCCCACGCCAUCUCUAGAUGCACUCAACCCUUCCAUCACAAACUCCGCCCCUGUUUCUCCCGCUUCGGCACCACUGGAAACAUCUGCCUUUGUGGCGCGUCCAAAUCCGUCUCAUGUGCUCAUGACCACCCGGCCCCAGUUGCACACUCCUCACAUCCAACACACAGAACCUGGCUGUAAGACGUGUCAGAUCCGCAAGAUGCCCUGCGAUGAAGGGCGACCCUCGUGCCAAAACUGCUCACGCAUGGGCAUCCAUUGUUUGGGCUACUUUUCUGCGAGUCAUGCCAACUCGCAACAGGUCUCGGACCGCUCCGUACCCAGCGUUAGUGCCAACGCCAAACGCCAAGAUCAGGAGGAGUACCUCUUCUUCCUCCUCGACCACUACCGGCACACCAAGCGCCAUUGCAUGUGGGAGCUCAUCACUCUCGACUUCAACGAGCACUUCUCCUGCAAUAUGCGAAAAGAGGCCUUGCAGAUGAUCAAGCGUCGACGUUUCAAGGACAACGACACUCGGGAGGCUUCUCCAAACGACGCUCCGACCAGCUCUCAACGACCCAAGGCAAAGAGAGGACGACGACCGCGACCGAGCGCCCCUUCCCUCCAGCCACUGCCGCAGGACGCCGACAACGAGUCUGGCACAGGAUGAGACGAGGGCUGUCAUACCUUGACCUAACUCAUCCCCUGCGGGACCUGUUAUCCAAAGGGCGACCGGCGUGCGACUUUUACUUGGCGGCCAACAGUGCAGAGUGGCCAACUCAGUAAUCAUCUGUCAUGCGUACAUCAGCCGCAGACAUAUCGGGGCACAAGACAGCGAC